UUAUCCUUGGGUUGAGAGCUCGCGGACAGAAUCGUCGGAAUAGAACACGGUGCUGAGACAGAGAGCUGUUCGGCAAACAGGUGGAAACAUUGGCGAAGACAACGGAGACAUUCAUCUCAAACCACUUCUCCGUUCCGAAGAAGAGUGUAAUUUAAAACAUGGAACAGUGUCGUUAGCCGGUAGAUUGAGCCCUAGCACUUUCUUGUACCUACAUCGCGAAGUUGAGUCCCUCGACCCAGCCCGUUAGCUGUUUGGCUAGCCCGUUAGCAUUGCAUUAUUAGCUAUGUAGCUCGCUAACUAGCUCAUUUUUGUCAGCCAAGGGGCUCGGUCGCAAAGCAAAUAUAUUUCGUUGUUUGCAUAUGGAAACUGUCAUGGUAUAAACUAUUCAGUUAUUAGAUUAAACCCCUCGGGACAUGCAUGAUCUGGAGAAUAGCUGUUUAUUGAAGAUUUGCUGAAGGAGAUAAUUCCCUCCUGGUAGCAAGCCAUUGUGUGAUGAUGGAAAAUGCAAUAUAUGAGGACGAACCUUUGUAACUAACUUAGCUGGCUGACCAGGCAGUUGGCACCACAUAUCAAGGAUUCUGGAUGAUUCUUCGACUGGAGUCCAUUGGGGAUCAUUUAUCUUUUGGAGAGGUCCUGUAACUUAUCGCCGAGACAGUCGCAUUGUCUGUCCGUCUGACAGUGGACACAAUGGGGGAGACCAGUCUGAACGACUCUAAUGUGAAGGUCGCAGUCCGUGUUCGUCCUAUGAACAGGAGAGAAAAGGACCUGAACACAAAAUGUAUUGUGGAUAUGGAAGGCAACCAGACCAUCCUGCAUCCAGGCGGAGGAAACCUGGGCAAAGGAGACUCCAGGAGUCAGACCAAGACCUUCGCCUAUGACUACUGUUUCUGGUCCAUGGACGAGUCGGAAAAGGACAAGUUUGCGGGUCAGGACGUGGUGUUCCAGUGCCUUGGGGAGAGUCUUUUGCACAACGCCUUCCAGGGUUACAACGCCUGCAUCUUCGCCUACGGACAGACAGGUUCGGGAAAGUCGUACACCAUGAUGGGUUCUGUGGACUCUCCAGGUCUGAUCCCACGGCUCUGCAGCUCUCUGUUUGACCGCACCCUGCAGGAGCAGAGGGAGGGGGAAGGCUUCACCAUAGAGGUCUCCUACAUGGAGAUAUACAACGAGAAGGUCCGCGACCUCCUCGACCCCAAAGGGAGCAGGCAGGCUCUUAGAGUGAGGGAGCACAAGGUGUUGGGGCCGUACGUGGACGGCCUGUCACGCCUGGCUGUAGCCAGCUACAAGGAUAUUGAGUCUCUGAUGUCGGAGGGGAAUAAGUCUCGUACGGUGGCUGCCACCAACAUGAACGAGGAGAGUAGCAGAUCUCACGCUGUCUUCAACAUCAUCCUCACACACACACUCAAAGACCUGCAGUCUGGGACGAGUGGUGAGAAGGUGAGUAAGCUGAGUCUGGUAGACCUGGCUGGCAGUGAGAGAGCAGCUAAGACUGGCGCUACUGGAGAGAGGAUGAAGGAGGGGAGCAACAUCAACAAGUCUCUGACUACUCUAGGCCUGGUCAUAUCUGCUCUGGCAGAACAGGGAUGUGGGAAAAACAAGACCAAAUUUGUCCCUUACAGAGACUCUGUGCUAACAUGGCUUCUAAAGGACAGCCUGGGCGGUAACAGCCGCACGGCCAUGGUGGCCACGGUGAGCCCAGCAGCAGACAACUACGACGAGACGCUGUCCACGCUGCGCUACGCCGACCGGGCCAAGAGCAUCGUCAACCACGCCGUCGUCAACGAGGACCCCAACGCACGCAUCAUCAGGGAGCUCCGAGAGGAAGUGGAGAAACUACGGGACCAGCUAACACAGGCAGAGUCUAUGAAGGCCCCAGAGCUGAAGGAGAGGCUGGAGGAGUCUGAAAAACUCAUCCAGGAGAUGACCGUGACCUGGGAGGAGAAGCUACGCAAGACGGAGGAGAUCGCACAGGAGCGGCAGAAACAGUUGGAGUCCCUGGGCAUCUCUCUGCAGUCGUCUGGCAUCAGAGUGGGAGAAGACAAGUGUUUUCUAGUCAACCUCAACGCUGACCCCGCUCUCAACGAACUGCUGGUCUACUACCUGAAGGAGCACACUAAGGUUGGUUCAGCAGACUCCCAGGACAUUCAGCUGUGUGGGAUGGGUAUUCAGGCUGAACACUGCAUCAUAGACAUCACAGCUGACCAACGGGUGGUCCUCACUCCUCACAGGAACUCAAGAACGUGUGUGAACGGCUCUCCUUGCACCAGCCCUCAGCAGCUCCACCAUGGAGACCGCAUCCUGUGGGGAAACAACCACUUCUUCAGGAUCAACCUGCCUAAGUGGCGGUCGCGGGGUGGUGGUGAGGAAGAGGAGGGUGAGGGAGGCCUGAUGAAGAACAGUAGCAGUAGUGAACAGCUGGAAGGCGACGGAGACACCAACAGUGAGGUUUCCUCCGAGGUCUCCUUCUCCUACGAGUUCGCCCAGACAGAGGUCAUGAUGAAGGCCCUGGGCAACAACGACCCCAUGCAGGCAGUGCUCCAGUCUCUAGAGAGGCAGCACGAGGAGGAGAAGCGCUCGGCACUGGAGAGACAAAGGCUGAUGUAUGAACAGGAGCUGCAACAGCUGAGACGACGGCUGCACCCGGACAGACCGUCUGUAGGACAGACAGGCAUGGCCCCCAGCCAAUCACAGGGCCAGGCUGACAGGCCGGGACAGCCCCACUACCGCAGCCUGGAGAGACUCAGCAUGUCCAACUCACCCAGCGCACAGAGCAGGCUGAAGCAGUGGAGCGAGGAGAGAGAGGCGGUGUUGACCCGGAGCCUACGUAAGCUGAGGGAGCAGAUAGUGAGAGCUAACCUGCUGGUGCAGGAGGCUGGCUUCAUAGCAGAGGAGCUGGACAAACGCACCGAGUACAGAGUCACCUUGCAGAUACCUGCUGCUAACCUCAAUGCCAACCGCAAGCGUGAUGCAGUGCUCAGUGAGCCUGCGGUGCAGGUGAGGCGUAAGGGGAAAGGGAAGCAGAUCUGGGCUCUGGAGAAGAUGGAGAACAGACUGGUGGACAUGAGAGAACUGUACCAGGAAUGGAAGGAGUACGACGAUGACAACCCAGUGAUGCGUUCCUACUUUAAGCGUGCCGACCCAUUCUUUGAUGAGCAGGAGAACCACAGUCUGAUCGGCGUAGCCAAUGUCUUCCUGUCCUGUCUGUUCUAUGACGUCAAGCUGCAAUACGCAGUACCCAUCAUCAAUCAGAAGGGGGAGGUGGUUGGGAGGUUACACGUGGAGGUGGUGAGAGUUGCGGGGGGGUUUGAGGACAGCAUGGCUGGCGGAGAGGACAAUGAGACCAGCCCCGACGGAGAGGUGCAGGAGAGGAAACUGGUCUGCAUGAUCAAGAUUCUUCAGGCAACAGGUCUCCCCCAGUACCUUUCCAACUUUGUCUUCUGCCAAUACUCGUUCUGGGACCAGGCGGAGCCUGUAAUCGUGGCCCCAGAGGUGGAUCCCUCUGCCUCGUCCCCAAGCAGCAAGGACCCUCACUGCAUGGUGGUCUUUGACAGCUGCAAGGAGAUGGGUGUGUCUGUAACAGAGGAGUUUCUAGAGUAUCUGACAGAGGGGGCUGUGGCCAUGGAGGUGUACGGACACAGACAGGCUGCCGCCGGACAGGCUGACUCCGGCAGGAACCCUGCCUUCUGGGACCUCAGCAUCAUACAAGCCAAGACACGCACGCUACGGGACAGGUGGAGCGAGGUAACACGUCGUCUGGAGAUGUGGAUCCAGGUGUUGGAGAUCAACGAGAACGGAGACUUCAUGCCUGUGGAGGUCAUACCUGCCAGAGACGUACGCACAGGAGGUAUAUUCCAACUGCGACAGGGCCAGUCCAGACGUCUGCAGGUGGAGGUGAAGUCUGUGCAGGACAGUGGGACGAUGCCGCUGAUAGCAGAGGUGCUGCUGGCCGUGUCUGUGGGCUGUGUGGAGAUCAGACAGACACGCCAGGCCAAGGCCAACAACGAACCCGUACAGAUGGAGGGGGAUGAGAUGGACAGCUAUCAGGAGCGUGAUCUGGAGCGUCUGCGUCGUCAGUGGUUGACGGCUCUCACCAAGAGACAGGAGUACCUGGACCAACACCUCCAGACCCUGGUCAGCAAGCCAGAGAAGACAGAGGAUGACGUGGAGAGGGAGGCCCAGCUGUUGGAAUGGCGCCUGACACUGACCGAGGAGAGGAACGCCGUCAUGGUGCCUUCAGCUGGGAGCGGCAUCCCUGGAGCUCCUGCAGAGUGGGUCCCUCUACCUGGAAUGGAGGCCCAUACCCCUGUUCUUUUCCUGGACCUCAGUGCGGAUGACUUCAGUUCCCAGGAUGCUUUGGAGGUCCCGGAGGCUGGAGGUUGGGACGCCACUCUGAGCGGAGAGGACGAGGAAGAAUUCUUCGACCUGCAGAUCGUCAAACAUUAUGAUGAAGAGGUAAAAGCUGAGGCAUCGUGGGACUCCACAGUGCACCAGUGUCCCCAGCUGAGCCGCGGUGGAGCGUGCCCGGAGCAGAGGGUUUAUCUGACGGUGCGCUGCGUGGUGCAGCUCAGCCACCCGGCAGACAUGCAGCUGGUGCUGAGGAAACGGAUCUGUGUCAACCUGAACCCCGGCAGACAGGGCUUCGCUCAGAACUUCCUGAAGAGGAUGUCCACGCGCUCCACCAUCCCCGGCUGUGGGGUCACCUUCGAGGUGGUCUCCAACAUCCCCGGGGAUGCCCAGGGUUCAGAGGACAGGGAGAUGUUAGCUCGUCUAGCCGCCAGCGCAGAGAACCCCAAGUCGGCCGACAACGAGGCGGCCAUAGAGAAAUACCUCCGCAGUGUCCUGGCUGUGGAGAACAUCCUCACUCUGGACCGACUACGACAGGAAGUGGCGGUGAAGGAGCACCUGGCAGGCAAAGGGAAGGGUAACAGACGCAGUCUCAGCUCCCCCAGUGUCCACAGGCUGUCUGGCAGCAGACAGGACCUGUCCUCUGACUGCAAUCUGGACGACAACAAGACUCGCUGGGAGAGCCAGCAGGACAUCAUGACCUCGCCCCAGUUUAGCCACACCCUGCCUCGCCCCUCCUCCUCUCCCCCUAAUACUCCCCCACAGAUCCAGGACCCAGAGCAAGGUCGUUCAGGGCUUGCUGCCUCUUAUCUUUCAGUCAAAGCCCUGGUGCCGCAGAUGCCCAAGCUGCUCAAGUCCCUGUUCCCUGCCCGCGAGGACAAGAAGGAGCCCUUACGCCCCUCGCCCCACUCUCUACAGCACAUGCCUCGUAUCAUCAUGCAGACGACGGGGCCUGAAGACAGCAGGAUCCGGAUAGAAUCGGUUGCUAAGGUAGGGAGGACCGCCCUUAUCCCGGCCCUGACCAAUGACAGGUGGUCAGAGUCCACCGAAGCCCCUCUUCCUGUUCUGUCCUCCCAGCAUGACUAUUCCCUCAGCCCCAUCAGCGAGGCCUCCAGCGGCUACUUCUCCACUAGUGUUUCCACGGCAACCCUGACCGAGGCUUCAGCCAGCGCUGCUGGUGACCACCCUGCCACCCCCCUCCGCCCCUCCUCCUCCCUCACCCUCCUAGAUGCAGGGGUGGGUCUAAAGGGGAUUGAUGCUCCUGAAACUACGUUACCCAGAACCCAGCAGCAGCAGCGAGCUGAACGGAACGGUGUUACUGCUGCCUCUCCUCAGUAUGACAACAAAAUGGCCACCACAGGUCCCGGGUACAGCGUCACCACAGGCAACAAGCCCUUCUCCAUACAGAGGGUGUCGGCGUCGGACCUGAAGUCGUUCCAGCAGCGCAUCCUGGGGGAGGAAGUGGAGGCGAGAGGAGGAGGAAGACAAGGGAGUCUGGAGAGACUGGAAAUCGUCCUGGACGAUGAGGAUGGCGGCUGCGACUACGUGCUACCUGAUUGGCUGAGAGAGGGGGUGUGCGUGACGGUGGGAGCCAAUAAGGGCGGGACAGUGCGCUACGUGGGCAACACUGAGUUCGCCGAGGGCGUGUGGGUCGGGGUGGAGCUUGACUCGCCCUCAGGUAAGAACGACGGCUCCGUAGGCGGGCGCCACUACUUCCGCUGUAAUCCUGGUUACGGUGUCCUGGUGCGUCCCGACCGGGUUCUCCGACGGGAGCGUUCCACCAAACGGAACCCGGAGAACCGGCGCAGUGGUGAGUUCUACCAGCCCGUUCUGCGGGGAGAGUCCACUAACAGGAGAGGGGAGAACCGCAAGUCCUGGAGCAGCUGAACUGGAGAGAAACAGGCCUGGCUGGGAGAGACCAUUAUUCUACACAUCCCUCUGGCUCGGAUCAACUACAAAACCCACACAUCCUGUUUCUAAGCCUCCGUCUCGCUUAGCACCCUCUCUCUCAAUCUCCCCCUAACUAUGCAAUACUACUGCAUCUAAUAGAAAGGGUCCCUGUCCUAUGCCCACCCAUAGCUAUGGAGCAGUACCUUAGUGCUCUGGGUUAGAUCUGUCUGGGUUCAUUUCAAUGGGGAAGACCUUUACCCAACAAGCCCCUGUUGUCUCCCCAUCUGAACACAGCACUGGUGGUGCUGCCUGUGGUAUGGAUUGGGCACAGGCCCUGAGUGGUUCCACAGCACCUGAAGUAGUCUACAGAGUGUUGCUGUCUGUAUGAAGUGACCCACAGGGUGGCCAAUAGGAACUGUUUCUCCUCGGGCCAAGGUUCAGGUUCUGAAGUGAUGACAUCACUUUCUCUGACGUCAUCAAACUCUGGUCACACUUCGAGAAUCCUUCUGAAAGAAUGAGACUACUAUUCCACCGGACUCUGUCCGGAACGCCCCUCUUUUUUCAAUGGAACUGUCCAUUUUACCCCCCCAUUUUUGAAUGGAACUGUCCCUUUUAACUAAAUGAUAUUAUCAGUCCUUUUUGUGGACUGACAUUAACAGUUACUAUGUCUGUUUCCCUGUGUGAAGUCAUUCAUCUGAAAUGAUCGAUUCUUCCAGAAUGUGCCUUCGAGUUUUUUUCUUUGUUAUAUUUCUUAGUGGUUUUAUUCGACACAUUUCUCCCUCUGUUGAGCUUUGACGAGAAUGCCUUGUGUAAGGUGAUCUCAGGGACUGCAGAGUGGACAUGGACGUACCUGUGAGAAGAUUUGUGUGUGUGUGCCUGUGUUUUAAAAGUUGGGCCCUUGAAGCUGAAUUUAACCAUGGCAAUUUACAGUAUAGGCUGGGAGAAAAUUGAUCCCUGUGCGUGUGUGUGUGUGCACGUCUGUGUGUGUGCAUGUUUCCGGCUGAUCUGAAAGAUGAAGCUCCGUCGUUAUGACGACGUGGUUUGUGCAAAAGUAAUAGCUGUUGGUUUUAAAUUGUACGUUGAGAAGUCAGCUGAAGGAUGGUUCCACUAUGAGAAGCCCAGGGAGCAAAAUUGGUUGAAAUUGCUUUUCUUAAUGUCUUUUUAACAUCAAGUGCUCACUGGGAGAUUUUGCACGGUGACUGACUGUGGUGAUGUGUGUUAGCAGAAUGGUUGUCUUUGGUUGUAGAACUGUUUGAGGAAGUAUCGGUGGUAUGUAUGGUGUAUGCUGAACAGCUGGUCUUGUGUGUAUGUAGGAUGGAAGGUAGGAUCUGGUAUGUUUUAUGCUGGUCAUUUGAUUUGUGUUUGGGGGAUAAAGAUCUCUAUGCAUACAUUCACCAUUUGUGUGAAGAUACAGAUCUGUAAUAGGGUCUAUCAUUUACAUACUGAGUCAAUGGCUUUGGGAGAUGAAAGAAUGCAAGGUUGUGGGAGCAUUGUUUUACAAGUUAUUUCGUUUGAAACUAUGGAAUUUUAUUUAAAAUGUUAAUUGAUCCCUGAAGUUCUUACACAAUGUAGUGAAUCUCAUUUUUAUUAGACAUUUGAAGUUAAUACUUAAAGGGGCAAUCUGCAGUUCAAACAACAACAAAGUGGUGUCCCCGCCACAGUUUUGGUAAAUAGGAAUGGUACUGGAGAAAUGUAACCGCUCUCAGAUUAUCAUUAAUUUAAACAUCCAAAAAUGGAUGUAACAACUGCAGAUUGCCUCUUUUUGAAAUUCCAUUGAAUAGAAAUGUAAAGUGUGUAUUCUCACGUAGUGAGCGGAGGUAGAAACUGUAAGGAGAUGCAGAAUGGGUUUUAACACUAGUCCAUCCAGCAGGCUGAAACAUGAAGGAUCUGAAAGCUAAACCCCGUCACUCCAACGCUAUGACAUUUCGUUUGACUCUUUAUCAUCUGAUUUAAGAGAAGCCUAAAUUUGCAUUGUUAUAUAUAUUUUAAUGGUUGUACAUAUGCCUUUAUCAUGUGAAAUAGAUAAAGCCUUCUAAAUUGUACUGAAAAAAAUUGUUGCUUGCACAAGUGAUUUUAUGAGAAAUGGUGCGGCUAUAGCCACUGUUAUAUAACUGUAUAUGGAUUCGAUCAUUGACAUUCUAGUUCCUUUUGGGAAUUGAUCUUGAUUCUUGAUUUGUGGUAAUAGGAGGGGAACUGUGUGUGUGUGUGUGUGAACAUGCGGUGUUGUAAUGAAGAGUGAGAGAGCAGGUGGCGUAUCAGAUAGAUUUGGCCUUGUCUUCACACCUCUCUGCACAGAGACUGAAGAGUGUUUUGAGAUCACUUCAGGCUUAUCUAUUUCUUUAUUUCCGUGCCUCGUUUUUUUCUCUGUCUCAUAUCAGGAAGUAGCUCUGAUUCAAACACAUUUCAUUAUUAAGUAACUUAUCGGGAAUUUCACAUUGCUGGUGGAGUCUUCGCUUCUGACUCAAAAUAGUUGCAGUGAGGCCGGGAUUCAAUCUGUUCACACUUUGUCAGCUAUGCACCUUUUAAAGGCAAUGUUCCCGCAUUUGCGGAAACCGUCCUCAUUUCUGUAAAAAUUCAUCAAUUUUUAAUUUGUUUGUAAUUUAGCAGACGCUCUUAACCAGUGCGACUUACAGUAGUGCAUCCAUUUUUAUACUGAAAAGCAGGUACACGUGUACCUGAAUGCUGUGUAACGGCAGGAAGAGGAAGUCAUUCGUCAUACAUGCAUCCUCUGGCUUUCAUUUCAAUAGGCGUCAUCAUGGACUUUAUAUUUGACCAUAUAUGGAUGUGACUGUUUGCGCUCAGAACCACAUCAGGGGUGUAUUCACUAGGAACCAGAAGCAAACGAAACAAAGCGGGGAGGGACCUACCUGAAUUGGUCCAAUAGAAACUCUUGUGUGGAGUAAAUGGAAAACCACUUUUUGCUACGGUCUGCAACUAAUGAAUACACCCUUGUAUUCUAUUGAGUUUGACCCUUAGACUGUCUAUACCUGAUUAAGGAUCCGUCUAUACAGUUACCCUUUCAUCAUUCCACAGAAAGCAUGUUCUGUUUUUUUAUCAAGUGCUACUGUGAGCAUAUAUUUUUAAAGGCCCAAGGACACAGAUGCAACAAAUCGUUAUGGGGGAAAUAAUAUUUCAAGAGUAUGCAUUUCCUGUAUAUCUUUGGCAACCCUGGUCCAGAGCUCAGAGCAAUAUAACACCUGCCUUUAUGUGGCCUUCAGUCUACAAGUCAGUCAGUCUGUCCCCCUCUGAGGUUUUUAGUUAUUAAACCCAGUCUGGCAAUGCGAGACUCAAUAACUGCAAACCUUUAAAUUGUAAGACUUUCUUCACACUACAUCAGACCCACUGCCACAUAGAACCAUGGGAGCUCACGUUAGUAGAGGAUACUAGCACAGACAUCAACUAGAGCAGAGAAUCUUUACCCCAACACAGACAUCAACUAGAGCAGAGAAUCUUUACCCCAACACAGAUGUCAACUAGAGCAGAGAAUCUUUACCCCAACACAAUGUCAACUAGAGCAGAGAAUCUUUACCCCAACACAAUGUCAACUAGAGCAGAGAAUCUUUACCCCAACACAGACAUCAACUAGAGCAGAGAAUCUUUACCCCAACACAGACAUCAACUAGAGCAGAGAAUCUUUACCCCAACACAGACAUCAACUAGAGCAGAGAAUCUUUACCCCAACACAGACAUCAACUAGAGCAGAGAAUCUUUACCCCAACACAGAUGUCAACUAGAGCAGAGAAUCUUUACCCCAACACAGAUGUCAACUAGAGCAGAGAAUCUUUACCCCAACACAGACGUCAACUAGAGCAGAGAAUCUUUACCCCAACACAGACGUCAACUAGAGCAGAGAAUCUUUACCCCAACACAGACAUCAACUAGAGCAGAGAAUCUUUACCCCAACACAGACAUCAACUAGAGCAGAGAAUCUUUACCCCAACACAAUGUCAACUAGAGCAGAGAAUCUUUACCCCAACACAGACAUCAACUAGAGCAGAGAAUCUUUACCCCAACACAGACAUCAACUAGAGCAGAGAAUCUUUACCCCAACACAGACAUCAACUAGAGCAGAGAAUCUUUACCCCAACACAGACGUCAACUAGAGCAGAGAAUCUUUACCCCAACACAGACAUCAACUAGAGCAGAGAAUCUUUACCCCAACACAGAUGUCAACUAGAGCAGAGAAUCUUUACCCCAACACAGACAUCAACUAGAGCAGAGAAUCUUUACCCCAACACAACAUCAACUAGAGCAGAGAAUCUUUACCCCAACACAACAUCAACUAGAGCAGAGAAUCUUUACCCCCACUCAGCAGCCACGCUCCAUUUCUGUCCAAUACUAAAGGGGUUUGAGCUGGAGGAAGGGACAGAAAUGGAAUUGGGCCCGAUCUUCAGACCAUUUGUACAACGGUUUCGUCAUGAAAUGGCACCCUACUCCCCAUAUAGUGCACUUUUUAAUAGUGUGUAGAGAAGAGGGUUCCAAUUUGGACAUAACGAAUCACUUGAGACCAGCUCUGGUUUGUGCCUUGUCCUGGAGUUAUAAUCAAUCAUUUGCGUAUCUGAUUGUGUUGUCAUGAAGUGUAUUUGAGUGAGCGAAUGCGUUUAGGCUUGACUAUGUAUAUAUUUGCAUAUUAAGACUUAACAAUCUGAGCGCAAGUUUGGGUUUUAAUUUAAUUGUUCUGUGUAAUUCUAUGCUGAAAUCCAAAGAAUAAUAAUGCAUUUGUCUUUUUUAAUCGCCUGGACAAUAAUCUCUCUGUAAAGGAAAGAAUAAAAAAAAAUGAAUUGA